AUGCCGAUGGACAGAAGGAUGGAUAUUUUCUCGCUGUUGUCGCCGCAGGACUCGCCCUCGGGCAAGUCCAGUCCUGCUCCUCCGGCUCCCCCCAAACCCACCUCUUCUUGCUCUGGUCGCAAUUCCACCCCGACUCCCACCCCCGUAUCUGAUACGACCUCCUCUUCCUCCCCACAUCAGAAUUUCCACAAGCCCCGGUCGAGCUCCGCCAGGCCCGGGAUGAUAUCCUCCUUGAUCAACCAAGUCCGCAACAACCCUCAACUACGCGACACGUCUCCACAGGACAUCGGCCAGGGCUCUGGGACUGGCACUCCUCCCUCGAACGAACAACAACAGCAGCAGCAGCAGCAACAACAACAACAACAACAACAGCCACCUGCCCGACAAACACCGACACCUGGAAUAGAUGCCUUAGCGGAUCUUGCAUCCAUGCAGCGCCCCCAGCCACACCGGGCAAACCCUUCGAUGAUCAGGAAUACCAGCACAGAAAUCCCCGAGAGCCAGAUGUUCCCAUCUCCCCUCAAUCCGAAAGUCAACCCUGUCCCACGCAACCCGAAUCCCGCCACCCCUCGGUCCCAUUACGAUGGGUCUGAUGUAUUCAGGGAAUCUGGCAGAAGGGACUUUUGCAGCUCCUCACUGACCCCGAAAAACCAGCAGAUGGCCUCAGAAUUAUACACGCAUAUCCAGCAGAAUCGCCAUGCCUACGAGUCGCGCGUGAAAUUCAUCCGUUUGCUCCACCAGGGUUUCGUGGAGCACGUCUACCCACCCUCCUCACCUGAUUCCCGCGGAGAUCCACACACCUACGACGUCCUACAGGACCUGCGUGCCGCGCGGGAGGAACUCGAUAGCCUAUUCGCCAUCGGAGAGGAUCUGUGGGCCGAAUGGAUACAGGAUGAGAGUGUGCUGGCACGAACGGUGGAUGAGCAGAUCGGCGUGAUGAAGCUGUGUAGCCGCUCCGUCGAUGAGGAGUACGGCAGCACGAAACUGUGGAUCAUCUACGGCGAGUGGAUGCUGUAUCUCUACAAUUCCGUUUCGCAGCCGGGAGAGGACGCGGCCUCCUGCAAAUGGUCGGAGGAGGAGAGAUUGGCGGCGCAGACGGCGUUUACGUGGCAGUCCGUCGUAGACGUCUGGUCGAAUGCGGCGGAGGCUACGAACUGGAGAAUUAACGAUAGCCAUCUGGUUUGGGAUCGGUAUUUGGAACUUGUCGUGCAAGAUGUCGAAAAGCAGCCGUCGCCGGAGAAAUUGGGACAUGUGAGGGAGUUAUUUGUCAAGAGGCUUCAGGUGCCACAUUCGACUUGGGACCAAACGUUCCAAAUGUUCUCCAACUUCAUCUCUACAUAUGACAACAACCACUACGAGGAGGCAAUGGUCGACAUGACGAACAGAGCCGCCCAUGCAAAAGCACUUUGGAACGCGCGAGAGGAGCGGGAGGCUGAGCUCCGCCGCGCCGUCGAGGCCGGUGAUAGCGCUACAGAAUGGAGCCUGUUCGUCGCAUAUAUCGAAUGGGAACUUUCCCAGAACCGACGAAAGGGCAAGUUCAGCUUCGACCUCGUCUGCGCUCUGUACCAACGCGCCGUCCUCCGCUUCCCCACCGACGUCACUUUCUGGGAAGACUAUAUAAUGUUCCUGGUCGAAGAGUCCAUGAACCAGCGCGGCCGGCACAACGCCUACAUCCCCAACCUCCCCUCCCUCGAGCGUGCAACUCGCCACUGCCCCUGGUCCGGCUCCCUCUGGUCCCAACACAUUCUCAGCGCCGAACGGGCAGGGCGCUCCUUCACGCAGAUCGCAGAUGUAAAACAUAAAGCCACGCGCACGGGCUUGCUGGACACGGGUGGUGUGGACGAGGUGAUCAAAGUACAUACGACAUGGUGCAGUUACCUGCGCCGGCGCGCGUUCCAACCAGACUCGACAGAUGAAGACCUCGACGUUGCUGAAGUGGGAAUCCGCUCCGCGAUAGAAAGUAUACAAGAGCUGGGCGAGCGUCACAACAACACCGACAACAAGACCAAAAAUAACAAUGACAAAUCCUCCACCCCUCCACCGCCCAACGACCCUCUCUUCCGUCUCGAACGGAUCUACAUUCGCUACCUCUCCGAAAGCGGUAGCUGGGACAGCGCGCGAGAAACCUUCAAAUCCCUCGCAACCCGCCAUGGUCACAGCUACGAAUUCUGGCUCCUGUAUUACACCUGGGAACUACUGUGCUGGAGCAAAUUUACGCAAUCAGACGGCAGCGCUAGCGCUUCGAGGCGCACGCCGAACCCGUCCCUGGCGACAGCGGUGUUGAAACAAGCGCUGCAGAGGAACGAUUUGGAUUGGCCUGAGAAGAUUAUGGCGGUAUAUAUCGAUCAUUGCGAGCAUUAUGAGGAUGCGGAUGAGCUGCAGCUUGCUGUUGUGAGGGUUCGGAGGGCGAUGAAGGUGGUUACGAGGAGAAGGGAGGAGGAGGCGGUUAAAUUGCAACAGCAGCAGCAGCAAGAGCAAACGGUGGCAACGGCGGUGAUGGGUGAGGGAGAUGUGGAUAAUGAGAUAACUUCUGGGGGCGGGAAGAGGAAGUGGACGAAAGAAAUGGAGGUUGAUGAUGGAGGUGUGAAUGGGUCUGCGAAUAAGAAGGCGAAGGCAAGGGAGGCAGAGGUGGAGAUGGAGAUGGAUAUGACGGGUGGGAAUUUGUUGGCGCCUGCUUUGAAGCGGGAUCGGGAGAAUGCGACGGUGAUUGUCAAGCGGUUGCCGCCUGGUGUGACGGAGAUGAGGGUGAGGCAGUUUUUUAGAGAUUGCGGCAAAAUAAACUCCCUAAGCUUCAUCCCUUCCAAUUCUCAAUCUCACGCACCGGAUCACCCAACCGCCAUAAUCGAGUUUAAUACCCACGAAGACGCCCUAGCCGCACAAACGCGCAACCACAAGCAACUGGACGACUACUCCAUCUCCGUCAACCUGCUUACAGAAUCAACGCUAUUCGUCACCAAUUUCCCUCCAGCGGCUGAUGAAGCGUAUGUUCGCGAUCUUUUCGCUCCGUACGGUGAAAUCCUGGGCAUCCGGUUCCCUUCUCUCAAAUACAACACGCACAGACGGUUUUGCUAUGUCCAGUUCCAGUCUCCCCAUUCUGCUCAUGCAGCGGUCGAUGGGUUGAAUGGGCACAUUCAGCACAUACCGCAACAGCAGCACAUCCCUGGUUCUGUUUCCGCACAACAUGCCACUACCACCACCUCCUCCUCCCCCUCCGCUGCAGCCGGCGGGUCAACAACUGAGCUAGCGCUCGUCGUCAAAAUAUCUGACCCGCGCAAGCGCCAGGAUAGGACGGGACCGAUGGUCGAGGGGCGGGAGGUGCAUGUGUCGAAUUUGGAUUGGAAGGUUGGAGAGGAGGAAUUGCGGGAAUUGUUUGAGGGCUGUGUUGGGGCGGGAGGGGUUGAGGGGGUGAGGAUUCCGCGGAAGGCGAAUGGGGGGAGUAAGGGGUUUGGUUUUGUGGUGUUUAGGGAUAAGGAAUCAGCGGAAAAAGCCCUCUCCCUAAACGACCAACCGUUUCACUCCCGCCCCUUACAUGUCCACAUCUCGACCACAACCGGCCCCAAACGAACCGCAACCACAAUCCUAUCGCACGUAAUAACCCGCUCCCCAUCCCCCUCCACCACCGCUGCCGAUGCCGCCAACGGCACCUCCCCCACAAAAUCAACAACAACCACAACGCACCCCAAAACCCGCCAAUCCCCCCGCACCCUGACUCUCCACAACAUCCCCGACACCCUAAAUGACAGCCGCAUCCACUCCCUCGUGUCCCCCUACGGGCCGCUCGUCAAGAUCAUCCUGCGACCGGAGAAACAGCUCGCCAUUGCCGAGUUCGUGGAUGUUGGUGAUGCGGGGCGUGCGGCUUUGGGGUUGGAGGGGAUGGAGAUUGGGGGGGGGAAGAGGAUAAGUGUUUCUGUUGGAGAUGAGAAGGAGGUUGGGAAGGGUAUGGGGAAGGGGAAGGGGUUGAUGAUGCAGCCUGCGACGAUGAUUAGGAGGCCUGGGCAGCCUGGUGUUGGUGCUGGUGGGAGGGGGGGGAGAAAGGGGGGCUUGGGGGUUAAGAGAGGUGGGGGUGCGGCUGCAGCUGCAGCUGCACCGGUGCAGGGGCAGGGAAAGAAGAGCAAUGAGGAUUUCCGGGCUAUGGUUUUGUCUGGGAAGACGAAUGGAGAGGGACAGCGGCAAGAGGAGUAA